UGACUUCUUGGCGCUCUUAGUUUGAGAUUCAAUGUUGCAGAGGAUAAUAAGCUGCAACAAUCGUUUAAUAGUUUUAUUCUCUUUCUGUCUCCGACCGAGAAGAAAGUACUAAAACCUUCAUUUUAGGAGUAAAGAGCUGAUCUUCCGUCAACAUGCACGUGAUUAAACGAGAUGGGCGCCAGGAGGCAGUUAGUUUUGAUAAAAUCACAUCCCGCAUUCAGAAACUCUGCUAUGGGCUCAACAGCGACUUUGUGGACCCUACCCAGAUUACAAUGAAGGUGAUACAGGGUCUGUACAGUGGGGUCACCACUGUGGAGCUGGACACUUUGGCUGCAGAGACUGCUGCCACUCUCACCACCAAACAUCCCGACUAUGCAAUCCUGGCUGCUCGGAUCGCUGUGUCCAACCUGCACCGAGAGACCAAGAAAGUUUUCAGUGACGUGAUGGAAGACCUGUACAACUAUGUCAACCCCUUAAACAAACGUCACUCCCCUAUGAUCUCCAAGGAGACACUGGACAUUGUCCUCAAAAACAAGGACCUCCUCAACUCAGCCAUCAUUUACGACAGAGACUUUUCUUACAACUUCUUUGGUUUUAAGACUCUUGAGCGAUCAUAUUUGCUGAAGAUCAACGGCAAAGUUGCUGAGAGACCCCAGCACAUGCUGAUGAGAGUGGCAGUCGGGAUUCAUAAAGGAGACAUUGAGGCAGCUGUUGAAACAUACAACCUGCUUUCAGAGAAGUGGUUCACUCAUGCCUCUCCUACCCUGUUCAACGCUGGCACCACCAGGCCUCAGCUGUCCAGUUGUUUCCUGCUAGCUAUGAGUGACGACAGCAUCAACGGUAUUUACGACACACUGAAGCAGUGCGCGCUCAUUUCCAAAUCAGCAGGAGGCAUCGGCCUGGCGGUCAGCUGUAUCAGAGCAACGGGCAGCUACAUUGCUGGUACUAACGGCACUUCUAACGGGCUGGUUCCCAUGCUGCGAGUGUACAACAACACAGCACGUUAUGUGGACCAGGGCGGCAACAAGAGACCAGGGGCCUUCUCUGUGUACCUGGAGCCGUGGCAUGCUGACGUGUUUGAGUUUUUGGAGCUGAAGAAGAACACGGGUAAAGAAGAGCAGAGAGCCAGAGACCUGUUCUUUGCCUUGUGGAUUCCAGACCUCUUUAUGAAGCGAGUGGAAAGCAAUCAGGACUGGUCUCUGAUGUGUCCAAGCCAAUGUCCUGGGUUGGAUGAGUGCUGGGGAGAAGAGUUUGAGGAGCUCUACACUCGUUACGAGAAGGAGGGCAGGGUAAAGCGUGUGGUGAAGGCUCAGCAGCUCUGGUACGCCAUCAUCGAGUCGCAGACAGAGACGGGUACGCCGUACAUGCUCUACAAGGACGCCUGCAACAGGAAGACCAACCAGCAAAAUCUGGGCACCAUCAAGUCCAGCAAUCUCUGCACAGAGAUUGUUGAAUACACAAGUAAAGAUGAGGUUGCAGUGUGUAACCUGGCUUCCAUCGCCCUCAACAUGUAUGUCACCCCAGAAAGGAGCUUUGACUUUAACAAGCUUGCAUCUGUAACCAAAGUGAUUGUCAGGAACCUAAACAAGAUCAUCGAUAUCAACUACUACCCAGUGCCUGAGGCUGAAAAGUCCAACAAGCGUCACAGGCCUAUUGGAGUCGGUGUGCAGGGUCUGGCUGACGCCUUUAUCCUCAUGCGCUACCCAUUUGAAAGCCCAGAGGCCCAGUUACUCAACAUUCACAUCUUUGAAACCAUCUACUACGCCGCCCUGCAGGCCAGUUGUGAGCUGGCAGCAGAAUUUGGCCCGUAUGAAACCUACGCUGGCUCUCCUGUCAGCAAGGGAACCCUUCAGUAUGACAUGUGGAAAAAAAAAACAACAGACCUGUGGGACUGGAAGGCACUGAAGGAGAAAAUUGCCAAGCACGGUGUGAGGAACAGUCUGCUUUUGGCCCCAAUGCCCACAGCUUCCACUGCCCAGAUCUUGGGUAACAACGAGUCCAUUGAGGCAUACACAAGCAACAUCUACACUCGCAGGGUGCUCUCAGGAGAGUUUCAGAUUGUGAAUCCCCACCUGCUGAAGGACCUCACUGAACGAGGACUGUGGAAUGAGGAUAUGAAGAACCAGCUGAUUGCUCACAACGGCUCCAUCCAGGACAUCAAAGAGAUCCCAGAUGAUCUGAAGCAGCUCUAUAAAACAGUUUGGGAAAUCUCCCAGAAAACUGUCCUCAAGAUGGCAGCAGAUCGUGGCACCUACAUCGAUCAGAGUCAGUCUCUGAAUAUUCACAUUGCUGAGCCAAACUACGGCAAACUCACCAGCAUGCACUUUUAUGGAUGGAAGUUGGGCCUGAAAACCGGCAUGUACUACCUCAGAACGAAGCCCGCUGCCAACCCGAUUCAGUUCACCCUGAACAAGGAGAAACUGAAGGAGAGCCAGUCAGCAAAAAGCCUGGAGGAGGAAUCCAGAGAGCACAACACAGCAGCCAUGGUCUGCUCCUUAGCCAACAAAGAUGAAUGCCUGAUGUGCGGCUCCUAAGACAAGGAACGAGUCUCUCCAGCUCCAUCGCCAUAACCAUUGCCGAUUUAUAUUUUUAUAAAGUACUUGGGGGGUUAUUUAAUGUUUACAAAAAAAUGUUAAGUCAUAAAAAUGUAUAUUGUAUUGAAUUAAUAGGAUUUCAUGAAUUAAUAUUUUACUUAGAGUCAUCAAUGCAGUUUUAUUUUUUAUGAAUUUCAGGUUGAUCUUUGUUUUAAAUUAAAUCAGCCAUCUGGCAUUAAAUGUUAAGGAUGCUAAUGAAGAUAUAAAAAAAACUCCAAAGCUCA